AUGAUUAUCAGCCCAAGGUUGAAUAUAUGUGAAUUGAUGAAUGGUGCCGACUCUGAUGAGUUUGACUACUUUUCCAUUCGGAAGCGACAACAGAUUGAGCAAAAAUUACCACUGACAGACACAGAGGAAUCUGGAUUCACCCGCGUAGCGAUGAAACGCGCAGCAACAGCUACAACAAGUGAGGUCACACUACACCAACACCCACACACCUCAACACUAGACCUUCCACUUCAGGGCUUGGAGAAUGACACAGCAAUGAGUGAUCAAAAUAGGAACCCUGAGGGUAUUAGCAGUCUCAGUUUUGAUGACCCAAGCUUAAGGUACCCCUUGAAUGACGUAGACUUCCAUCUAGAGAGUAAAUGCAAGGAUAGCACAAUUGACACUCCUAUGGAACAUGGUUUAAACCAGUGGCAAGAUGUACUGGUUUCUCAAGAGGUCGAAUCUGACAAGUUUAGAUCCUUUUCUUGCUUUGCAACACCACGUAUGGACCCUCACCCUCAACUUGUUGCGGAGGAUUCCAGUGCAGUCGAUGUUACUACUGACCAUAUCACCAAUGCAACCCAUGCGACGAGAGCGGAAGCAUCUAGUGACAACAUCAUUGAGGGAAACCAUGGAGGAAGCUCUUUCUGGAGAAAACAGUUUCGCUUCACCGGUGACAAACCGAAGAUGACAGAUGCACUGGGAACUAGGAAUACACGCAUACCCGGAAUUCGAGCUCAUAAGAAGUAUGACCUUAAAGGGUACCGACUAAUACAGGAGAAUGUCAAUUUAAACACCCACAAGAGUGAAGGAUUCAGAGGAAGUCAGGUAUUUUCGUCGCACACACAGGCACAAACGCAUGAAGAUGACGUGAUUUCGUUUGUUGUUGCAAGGAACAGGUUACUAGCAGGAAACACAAUUACACGAGGGAAUACUGAUAUGAUUCAAAGCUUGGAGAAUGGUGCACGAAGUGAUACAACGAAUCGAGUAAAGUUGAGAAAAUUAAACGAAUCUGAAUUUGAAGAAGACUUGCCAUUGAGUGCAAUUAAAAGGGCCACCUAUACUACGGUACACAAUAGCUCACUAAACUCUACUUACACAAAAUCUUUUGAUACUUCAACAUUUACCGAGCUGAAUGAUGUUCCACAAACUCCACAUACCCCUGCACCGCGAUUAUCAGUAUCGUCAGCCGAGUCUUUGGUCUCAGAUUUUCUGCACUUGAAAGUGUCAGCUUCAGAUGCAGGAGCUUCUCAAGUUAAGAAAUCUAUACUCAAAUCAUGUAUUAGCCGAAUUAAAACGCUACCAAAAGUGUUCAAUAAGGAUCAUCAUAUUGUGUAUGAUUUUGGUCCAAUCAGUUUGCCAAAACUAGAGCAAACUAGUCAAGCCCAUUUGAAUGAACUUGCUAAUCCUGGUUCCAUAGCGCAAACCAUUCCAAACCAGGGUUUCCCUUCAGAACACAGAGAUGAACCGAGAAAACCAUUAAGGGUAAGGAGAGCAUUUGGGCAAGACGUGUUCAAGAGCUCUACAUUAAGACAUCAAGAUGAUAGGGUCCGAUUUAAAAACCUCUUUAUUCAAUCAGAGACUCUCGAAUCGUCUGUGAGGUUAUUCGAAAAGUAUUUAGAUGCAGUAAUUAAAUAG